AUGCUAUUACCCCCCACUGGCGCCUCGACCGAGGAGGACAAGCGCGCCGGGAACAAGCAGCCAAACGACGCCAAAUAUUCGCAGAUGCCCCGCGAUACCGCUCUGCUGACGCCGAACUCUACAGAGGGUACUGGGAACAAUGGCGGCAAGGUUGAUGUUGAUGAGCUUAGCUGCAUGCUUCAUCUGUCCAUGCCGGAGUCAUACCCGGACUUGCGGCAUGAUGGCCGGUUGAAUCUCUUGGAUUUACCAUUGCCAGGGGAAGACGAGCUCAUGGAGCUUCUGGACACAACUCCCUCUGAUUGCCAGUCUUCGAUUGGAGAGUUCAAUUUUGAUUUCACUGCAUCCAACAUCAAGCCACUUCCUCAGUCUCCAAUCACUGCUCCAUCAUUGCCAAACGAAUGUCAAAUUCGCGAUAGGCCGGACACGACAAGCCCUCCAGACUAUAACACGUUGUUCGAUUUUGAGGAAGCGACGGAGAAUCCGCCGCCAGCAUUCAAUUCGAAAGAUAAGUCUCCCACGUCGAAAAAUGCUACUGUGCACGUCGACUUUUCCGCCGCAAACCUGUAUGGGCUUCCGGAAUCCAUCUCUAGGGGAAGCAAGAAAAGCCAGAGCAAUGAGACGAUCAAGAUCGUAGAAGGUUUGCGGCGCGUUCUCUGCGACAGUCCAGUCUCAGUAGCCGACGAUGGUCCACUUGAUUGGACUAGAAAGUUUCCCGAGACUGAUACUGCUCUUUCGUGGUAUUGCGAUGCUUGCUUUGACGAUUGCUGCCCAAUUGCAGACUUUUUGACGAAAGCCGCCGUUGAGAAAGUAAUCAAGCAAUCCCGAGAACCUGAUCCUACCAGAUUGGUUUCAGUAUUCGCGGAAGCUAUUGUGGCUGUUGGGUACCACACGGCUUGUCUACGGAGUCGAGAAUCUCCGACAAGAGAAGAGGAAUCCAGAGCUCAAAAACGCCUCGCCGCAGUUUUACGGCUUUACAAAGAGAUCCAAAAUUUUCCAAGUACUUUGAUGAAAUUUCAGGUCACUCUGGUCAUGGCAGUCAUCGCAUAUGUGUGCGAAGAAAACUCAAUUUGGGAGAAAAUCACAGCGGCGGUAUGUUGUGCGCGUGACCUCCGCCUCAUUCACGCAGCAAGAGGCCAGCAACCAAGCAUGAGCGAACACGAUCAAGAGCAGGCUCAACGGGGCGUUUGGUUUCUCUACAGCCUUGAGACCGACUACGCAAUCCACCAUGGGAUGCUCCCGAUCCUCGACCUAGGCUGGGGGAUACAAUUUCCUUCAUUCGAACGGGGGGAUGACAUGGUUGCUGUGUCAUACACGUUCUCCGAGCUCUUGCACUCCGUCCUCAAGUUUCAAUACAGCCCAAGAGCACUCAACAAGUCCGCAUCAACAUAUGAUCGUCGUGACCGACUUCAGGCCAGUUGCCAUGUGCUCAAUGAGUGGAUCGGUGGCCUGCCGGCGCCUCUGAACGAAGCGAACAAUGCCAAGGUACUGCAAAGUAUAAAGAACGACCGGCAGUUGCGGAAGGCGUUCCGUGUCUUCUGCAUGUAUCAUCGGGCCGUAUUUUUCAUUCACUGCCCCUGGAUAUCGCCGAUUGCCACGGAUGACGCGGACUCGUCCGGUGUUGCCGAGCAGACCAGGGAGAGAUGUGUCGAGCGAUGUGUUGAGUCGGCCUUCACUGUUAUAAAGUUGGCUAAUAGCGGAACUUUCUGGGAAGAGGGGCUUGAAAGAGACAUUGGAUCUUCAAGUAUGAAAUGGGGUCACAUGGGACAGCUCCUUCUGGUUUCACUUUGUUUAAUUGUUCAUCACCUGAUCAACGGAGAAAAGGAAAAUCGUAAGACUGCAAUGUCAUACCUUGCUAUCUGCGGAGGUCUAUUUGGCAGGUUGAGCCUGGAUAGUGACGAGGCCUCGUUGAUGGACCAUUAUCUCGAGCUGAUUCAGGUGGUAAGGGCAAAGUGA